GGCAAUCCAGUAGCUCCAUCUCCCCAUUCCCUCACCCAUCCGCAUCCACUCUCAUAACCGCACGGUCCACCCAUUAACCACCACGACCCCUUCGCUUCAUAUAAUGCAACCCGCCGCUCUCCUUCUCUCUCUCUCUUCUUAGCUUCAUCUUUCUCUCUUGGUUUCUUGGGGACGAUAAUGGAGGGUCAGAAGCGGGGGAAGGUGAAUCUGGCGAGCCGAAGGCCCUUCGUAACGUUGUUGAAGUCUCAGCUAAAGGAGACUUUCUUUCCCGACGAUCCGUUCAGGCAUUUUUCGGGGCAGCCCGCGGCCCGACGGUUUUGGAGCACGAUUUCUUAUUUUGUUCCAAUUCUCCAAUGGAUGCCCAAAUACUCUCUCGCCUUCUUUGGAUGCGAUUUCUUCGCCGGCGUUACCAUUGCCAGUCUCGCCAUUCCGCAGGGAAUAAGCUACGCCAAGCUCGCCCAGAUUCCACCAAUUAUCGGCCUUUAUUCGAGCUCCGUUCCUCCGCUGGUGUACGCCAUGUUUGGGAGUUCAAACAACAUGGCGGUGGGGCCGGUGGCAGCGGCGUCGCUUCUGAUGGCUGCGAUAAUACAAGAGAUCGUCUCGCCGGAGGAGGAGCCGGAGAGAUACGUUUACACCAUUAUCACCGCGGCGUUCUUUACCGGCCUUCUGCAGCUGACACUAGGCAUUUUCCGGCUGGGAAUAAUAGUGGAUUUUCUGGCGAGGUCUACCAUUACGGGAUUCAUGGGAGGGACGGCUAUGAUCAUAAUAUUACAGCAACUAAAGGGCUUUCUUGGCCUCAAGCAUUUCACCAACAAAACAGAUGUCAUCUCCGUGCUUCAUGCAAUCAUCCAACACCGAUCCGAGUGUAAAUGGCAGAGUGCGGUGUUAGGCAUCGGCCUUAUGAUCUUUCUACUUUUCGCUCGGCAGUUGAAAAAAAAAAUCCCAAAACUUUUUUGGGUAAACGCUGUCGCUCCGCUCGUUGUGGUAAUAGUUGGAGGAGUAAUCGCAUAUUUGGUAGAUGGAGAGACCCACGGAAUUCCUAUUGUGGGUGAUUUAAAGAGGGGACUUAACCCUAUUACGAUAUCAAACCUUCAAUUCAAAUCUCCAUAUGUUAGUGUUGCCAUGAAAGCUGGAAUCAUCACUGGAUUCAUUGCUCUUGCGGAAGGAGUAGCUGUAGGUAGGAGCUUGGCUUUGCUAAAAAACGAGCAGAUAGAUGGGAACAAGGAGAUGAUUGCUUUUGGAUUGAUGAACAUAGCUGGUUCCUUCACCUCAUGUUAUUUAACCACUGGUCCCUUCUCAAAAUCAGCAGUUAAUUACCACGCUGGAUGCAAAACGCCAAUGUCAAAUGCAGUGAUGGCAGUAUGUAUGAUGCUGGUUCUUUUAUUCUUAGCUCCACUAUUCAAGUACACACCACUUGUGGCUCUUGCGGUCAUUAUCAUCGUUGCCAUGAUCGGCGUCAUCGAGCUUCAUGAGCUUCGCCAUCUCUUUAAAGUUGAUAAGUUCGAUUUCUGCCUUUGCAUGGCUGCCCUUCUCGGCGUUCUCUUCAUUAACAUGAAGACAGGCCUUGUCAUAUCGUUUUUAUUGUCGAUCAUAAGAGCAUUGCUACACGUGGCAAGACCCGUCACAUAUAAGCUUGGAAACUUGCCUGGAACCGAUCUCUACCGCGACAUUGAUCAAUAUCCAGAUUCCAAGACCAUUUCUGGUAUCCUAAUCUUGCAGCUUGGCUCUCCCAUCUAUUUCGCUAAUGCCAGUUACCUUAGAGAGAGGAUCGCAAGGUGGGUAGAAGCUGAAGAGAAUAGAAUUAAGGAGACAAGAAGCCAGGAUUUACAGUAUGUUAUAUUUGAUAUGAGCGGGGUGUCUGCCAUUGACAACAGUGGCAUUGCAAUGAUGUUGGAAGCUCAUAAAAUGCUUCAAAAGAAGGGGAUCAAGGUGGCACUAACAAAUCCAAGUUUAAAAGUGGUGGAGAAGUUUACUGCGGCAAAUUUCAUUGAAGCGGUUGGAAAAGAGUGGUUUUUCAUCUCAAUAAACGAUGCAGUCGCUGGUUGUCAUUUUGCUAUGCAAGAAGCCAAUGAAACAGGAGUAUAAUAUAUCGUGUUCUAUGUAGAGUUUGCUUGUAGGAAAAAUGGUGAUGCCAAAAAGGGGGAAAUAUGAAUUUGUUAUACAAUCGUAUAUUUUAUUUUUCUUACAACAAUAUUUUCAUAUUAGUUCAUUGACAUGAUGAGGCAAGCGAUACUUGAUAAUUGAGCAGCUCCAAACAUGGCCGCUCCAUUUGAUGUAAUAUAUAAGGACACUGUUUCUUACUUUAUGUGUUUUAACAUUUAAAGGAUGAUUAAAAUAGU